CACUUUCGGGCCUUCAAAAGUCUAACAAAUAGUAACUAUAAAAUCAUUGUUUCUUCGCGAUUGUCGGUUAUUCCUCCGCGACGUCUCGAGUCAGCAACAAGAUUUAUAACAGAAAAGUGCGAUCAUAUCCGCGAAUUUUGAAGCUCGAAAUCGCGUUUUUUUAUUUACGCUCACUGCUAAUCGCGGAUGUUCUUUUUUGCACGCGCCAUCGUUCCAUCGUUGUUGGCGGUCAUCCGUGCGGGGUGAGAAAAUUACUAAGCUACCUCAUCUGAUUGUUGCAUACAAUUGGGUGGGUUUUUUUUUUAUUCUGCUGCGCACCAAACCGAACCCAGACGGAGGUCAGCCAAGCGAAAACCAAGUUCCUAAGACAGGCCUGUGCUGGUAUAAGCACCGUGGUGCCGCCGCCAGAGGGUUUUGUGAAUUUUUCAGAAGCUUGAAGUGCAAAAGAGUGGCGGAAAAAUCAACUUUUGCGGAGUGGUGCGCAAUAGUUAAGCUGUGACUGAGACAGACUGUGCAGUCGGCGUAUCGUAAAUCGAAGAUUUUUUUGCAGUCAAGUGACAUCAGUCGAGCUUAACAGCUUCCGGUAGUUAAGAGCGGUACCAUGGAACGAGUGUACAAAAUGCUGUUGCUAGUGGUUGCAUUUUGCUGCAGCAUGAUCCAGUGCCAACUAUUUCCGGAAAAGCAAUCGGAUACUGUCGGUAGCCAGGUCCGGCUGUUUCAACCGGUGCAAGCGGACAGUCCCCAAUUGGCUGCAACGGCUGGUCGUGGGGAAAAUGUGAAUGCCCGCCCGCCCGAUGGAGGGCGGUCUCUGAGGAGCAACUACUAUCCUGGAGCAUCCAGCGAACGAUUUUUCGAUUUGGGAUUGUUUGGAAAGCCGUACUACGGCAAUCGGCCCUACUACCCAUCGGGAGGAUAUUACCCGCAGGGCGGUUAUUACCCACAACAGGGAGGAUUCUAUCCGCAGGGCGGUUACCCCGGUUACUAUCCGGGAUCAAAUUCGAUUCCAGCCACUCCCUAUGGCGGCGGUUACGGUGGCUAUGGGGGAGGCUAUGGAGGUUACAGUGGAUACGGCGGCUACGGUGGCUAUGGAGGUAAUGGCGGCUUGCAGUCCUAUUUGGGCUACAAUGGUGGCAAUUACUUCGGUAGCCGCAAUCUGGGCUUUGGAUAUUAUUCGGGCACCAACCCGGUCGGCAUAACAAGCUCAAGCCUGGUCAGCGGUUACCGAGGAUACAACUGAAACGAACCAUUCAUCCGUCUGUUUGUUGAUUUGUUUGUUCGUUCAUUUGUGGAGUUUGAAUGGCUUGAGCCACUGUGUACAUUUGUGCAACUGUAAAAGUCCUGCUUUUCAUGUGGUGCUUAAUUGUGAUAAAUUUCAACUAGUUACUAACGACUUAUAUCCUCCUAGUGACAUACUUGAGUGAACCAAAGUUGAAUUAAAUAUAUCU